CCAGAAACAGUGACAACCCUUCAGUACAUGGAUGCUGCGGAGACUGCUUCCUGCACUGCCGCGGGUGCUGACAAUGCCACCUACAGUGGCCCUGAUAGUGAUGAGCCUGAUGAAAAUGAUGCUGAUUGGAGACUAAUCGACCAUCAAGUCACCUUGUCAUCUGAUUCAGAAAAUGAGAGUGAUAGUGACUGCUUUGAAGAUCAUUUGAGUUUGUUGGCAACCGAAUAUCAUGUCAAACAUAAUGCAUUGGACAGCCUUUUGAAGCUACUCAAGAAAGUUUUCCAGAUGGCUCCUUCUUUUGUGGUCGUUGAGUUCCUUGGUGAACGUUCAGUCGCUGUUGUCCCAACCAUAUGGACAGAAGAUGAUGGAAAGAAUAGCUUCUGCUAUUGGCCAAGGCCAAAUCCUACCCACUCCAGAAUCCGGAAAGCUGAGAUUCCUGACAAAGAAGUCUGGGAUAGGCUGCCAAUUCGGGUUUUCAGGAAAACAUUGACUGAAGACUUUGACAAGGCCCUUCAAUACCAAAAACAAGCUGAAAUGUUUUCGAGCCCAGAAGAAGUGUCAACCAAACGGAGCCACAUCACCCCUGAACGUUAUAGAAACGAUGAGGAAGAUGUGUUUGAUGCUGACGACGAAGAGGAAAUUCGGCCAAAAAAGAAGUGCAGAAAAGAGAAACCACAGAUCCUCGUCCAGGCACCCCCACUGCCAGAGCUCCCACCAUUUAACUUUCCAAUCUCCAGCGAGUACCAGACCACUUCAGCCAGUACCAGCCAAUACCAGACCACUCCAAGGCAUCCAGGCCGACCUCACAGCCCAGCGAGAAGCAGCACUUCCAGGCUCAGUCCAGACAGGAAUAAUGCAUCCAGCUCAAGCCAGUACCAGACCACUCCAGCCAGUACGAGUCAGUACCAGACCGCUCCAAGAAACAGCAGGAAUGCCCUUGACAGUGAACGUUAG